AAAAUUUAAAAAAAAAAUUUUCUUAAAAGUGUUUUAUUAAAUGCUGUUAGCAAUUUAUAACAAACAAAUAAUUUGUGUUAAAUAAAAAAAUUUCCAAAAAUCAAAAGGAAUUUUUUUUCAACAACAACUUUAUAUUGUGGAUUACCUUACUUUGUGGAUUAGAAGCUGCUCAACAUUUUCUCCAGUUUAAAAAUAUAUAUAUUUUUUUGUAAAAACCUUUAAAUAAACUCCAGCAUUAUGGUUGUUUUAGAAGGUGGCGGUGGUGUUGUUACCAUUGGUAAUAACCAAUACCUACAACCAGAUUAUUUGGCUCCUUUGCCCACAGCGAUGGAUGCCAAAAAAUCUCCUCUUGCCCUUUUGGCACAAACCUGUUCACAAAUUGGUGCUGACUCUUCGGCCGUCAAGCCUAUACUAUCUAUGGAUAAGAAUAAAAAAUCCGGUUCCAGUUCAUCAGCCUCCUCCUCUUCGUCGAGUGUUACCUCUGAAACGGGUUCGGCUAAAUCACCCACACAAGCUAAAUCACCCAAAUCGACUACACCCACAAAUACAGAAAUCAAAUUGGCCUUUAAACCUUACGAAACUAAUGUAUUGUCACAGCAAAAUGUCAAUUCUUUCAAAUCUUCAGCCAGUACAGAAGAUUUACAACAGCGUCCCAGCUCUAAGUCAUCAUCACAUAAUGGCGAUAAUACAAGAGUGCCAUCACGCAGCAAGGCUAACUCAACACCCGAUAAUGGUUUAAAUAAAUCCCAAGACUUAUCAGCUGGCUCUUCAACACCUCACGAUAAUAGCCGCAAGACAGUAUCACCUUCCGGUUCACAUUCUUCGCAGAGAGGUGCCAGUCCUAUUGUACGUUCCGGCAUGGAGGUUUUAAAUAAUGCCAACGGUUCGGCUCAACAUCCCAAAGAAAUGAGCUCAAUGGCUCAAGCGGCUGCCGCUGCUGCGGCUGCUUAUAAGGCAGCCGGUGGUCCUUAUGGUUUUAAUCCUUUGUCCGCCUUAUGCUGUCCUCCAGGCAUGGAACAGCAUGCUGCUGCCAAUCCUGCCUUCCGUCCUCCCUUCGCUUCUAAUGGUUUUGCUCAUCAUCAUGCCGCCAUGUUAGCGGCCGCAGCCGCCAAUGGUGGUUAUCCUGGCAAUCCCAAUGGUCCCGCUGGUGCUCAACCCAAUCCCUAUAUUAGCUAUCAACGUAUCAAGACUCCUGCCGGCGGUGAGGCCAUAGUGCCCGUUUGUAAAGAUCCCUAUUGUCCCGGCUGUCCCUAUUCGACUCAUACACAACAAAUGCUAAUGGGUGCUCCCUGUCCCGCCGGCUGUACACAGUGUGAACAUCAGAAAUACGGCAUGGCUGCUAUGAUGGGAGGUGCUGGUCUACCACCAGGUCAUCCUUAUUCACAAGCUGCUGCCGCCGCCGCUGCCAGUGCUGCUGCUGCCCGUUCGGCUCCCUAUGUCUGCAGUUGGGUGGUGGGUGAUGCUUAUUGUGGCAAACGUUUCCAGACUUCCGAUGAACUCUUCAGUCAUCUCAGAACUCAUACCGGUAAUCUCUCAGAUCCUGCUGCUGCUGCCGCCGCUUUGGCUCAAUCACAAGCUCAAUCGUUGUUGGGUUCUCUAUUUCCUCCCUCGGCCUUAAGAGGUGGUUAUCCUACACCACCUCUAAGUCCCAUGUCUGCUGCUGCUGCCGCCGCCCGUUAUCAUCCCUAUGCCAAGCCUCCUAGUGCUUUGGCUGCCGGUGGUCCCUCACCUUUUGGCGGCCCAGGAGGUUUUAAUCCUGCUGCUGCUGCGGCUGCAGCUGCUUUGGGUCCUUAUUACUCACCAUAUGCCAUGUAUGGUCAACGUAUUGGUUCCGCCGCUGUGCAUCAAUAAGUCCCAAGGCUGAGUUCUUAAAGAGAAAAGAAAAAAGUGAUCUUUGUAGAGAAAGAACAAAAACACAACCAUCUCAUGAAAAAAAUACCAAAUAGAAAAGGCAGAGAGAGAGAGGCCCUUAUACUGA